AUAUCUCCAUAAAUUUAUUUAAUUUAAUUUAAAUUUAUCAUGUGGGAACAGGGCAAGACCCAAUGGCCUCCAGUGGCACCACCUUGUAAGGGAUCCUCUGAGGUACCCCAAACUAAGCAGGGCUGGGCCUGGUUGAGUAUUUGUAUGGGAGAUCCUCUCAGGUCACCAAGGCCCAGAUCCUCAGAGGUAUUCAGGCACCUAUCUUCAGUUGAAAUCAGUGGAAGUUAGGACCCUAAAUAUUUUGUAGCUUUGGGCUCAAGUUGCUACAAGAAACGGUGUGGGUGAUUCGGUAGGUGCCGUACUUCGCUCUGAAUCAAUCCUUCCACUAGUAUGGCGGGAAGGGGUGGCCGUGGCAGGAAGUGCCACCUUUUGGACAAGAAGUAAAACCAAUGCCUUGGCUGACUGUGGUCAUUAAAGACCCCAUAGCAGUCUGUGUGGGAGCCAAGCUCGUGAUGCUGGAGGCCAAGCCGAAUUCCAACCAAGGAAGAGUGUUAUUCUGCCCAUUUAUAUGCCCCCUGCAGCGUUAGUUGGAUACAGUAAUCUCAGUUGCAUCCUGUCCUGAACUGGUGUGUGCUGAUGUCAUACACCAUUGGACAGCUGAUGCAGUUGAUGCCAUGAGCCAGCACACAGGUGGAUGAAGGGAUGUUUCUCAGUGGUUUGUAUAGUAGUUUGCCAGUAAAGUGCCUUGGGGUCCUUUAGAACAGAAGAUGCUGUAUAAAUAUCAGUGAUUAUUAUUGGCUUGCUUAUACGUAUAGGCCAAUGUGCCAUCCCGGCUGUCUCUCAUUCAGACAGGCACGAAACAGAUGAGCCCAGGCCCUCAAAUUCACACUGCUUCAGGCUGGAUGUGCCUCAGAAGUUACUUAUGCACCCGGAGAUGUUUGGGAUUCCAGUUCAGCCCAUUUCAGAGGCCCAGGCCCAAAAGCCCAGAUCUGACCAACCAACUUCCGCUCCGGCCCCCUGAAUUUUUGGGAUGAGUCCCAAUCUCAUUCAGUUUGAGACAGACUCUGCUGCAGUGCUCACUAGUGGAAAGGCUUCACUCACGAGGCAGCUCAUUGCCCCAGACAUCAGUAGAUGCUGAAGAGCCACCAUUUAAAUUGGAUGUCCUUUGCCACUGUUGGCAACUGCCCUGCAAUACAACUCUGCUCCCAUCUGCUUAUGGACACAAGGAAACUUCCACUGCGGAGCGCAAGGGGUCUUUGCCAGCUAAUGAGCUGGCAGGCGGGUGUUCACAGAAGAGCCUUUCUCAAUACUGUCUCAUCAGAGCACCAACCCGGUGGCAAGAGGGCUUAAACCUAUCCGUGCACGUCGUCGUCAGCAGAGUAUGCGAUGAACGUCAGCAGGCAGCCCCAAUAGAGUGGGAGACCAAUUACACUGAAGCACACAGGGGAUGGUAUAAAUACUGAGAGCAAACUGUGCAGGCAUCGGUGAAGUCUAAGGACAUAGUGAGCAGGAGAUCGGAACAGGGAUCUCCCCAUUCAGCCAGACAACGCCAUGGCAUGUCAACGACCUCUCCUGCUCUUGCUCUUUGUCAUGCUAGUAGUCAGCACCCACCUGUCGAGAGCUCAGCACUGGUCCCACGGCUGGUAUCCCGGCGGGAAAAGAGAACUAGAUUUGUCCCAGACUCCAGAGGCUUCAGAAGAAAUCAAACUCUGUGAUGGGGAAGAGUGUGCUUAUCUGAGAAGUCCAAGGAAAACCAUUGUCAACACUCUGCUGGCUGACCUGCUGGCGAGACAACUACAGAAGAAGAAGUGAGCCUUUCCACAGACUCUUUCCGAAAUGCUUGCCAGUCCCACUGGCUUUUCAGUCACUUCCUUUGCAACAUGAUGGUGUGUCUAUAGAUUCCAUGUAUCUGACCGUUAAAGAAUUCUUAUGAACAUCUUGGCUGACUGCACUCGAAUGCUGGGAACGUGGAUAGUGGUGUAAUGCUUGAGAAAUGCCCCUGACCCAUCACCCAACCAGAACGAGGCCCUGUUUGGAGUUCUUUACGCACUUGUGUAACUCCACCAUGUUGAAUAAAAUACUUUAUUUUGUUACAUACACAAUUCCAUCCACAUUUAUGUCCUUACCCAUGUCUUAAAAAAAUAAAAAUAAACAAAUCUCCAGCCCCAUAAACCAGUUUUAAGCACGC